GCAAGAAUUUAUAGUAGAGUAUUUUUGCUUCAGUCAUAUUGCUCUUGAAGGGAGGAAACAACUGUUAAUUUAUAAGAAUCCGUGUUUCUCAUUGCUCUUCCAGAGUUAAAAACACAUUUAGAACAUGGGUAACUCAAUCGACCUUGGAGUUCUUUUAAUUCUUCUGAAAGAUUUGAAAUCCUCCAGAACCCAAAAUGGACACAGUAAACAGAUUCGAAUUUUACUACUGAACGAAAUGGAAAAGCUGGAAAAGACCCUUUUCAGACUUGAACAAGGGUUUGAACUGCAGUUCCGAUUAGGCCCAACUUUGCAGGGAAAAGCAGUUACUGUGUAUACAAAUUACCCAUUUCCUGGAGAAACUUUUAAUCGAGAAAAAUUUCGUUCCCUGGAUUGGGAAAACCCAACGGAAAGAGAAGAUGAUUCAGAUAAAUACUGUAAACUUAAUCUGCAACAGUCUGGAUCAUUUCAGUAUUACUUCCUUCAAGGAAAUGAGAAGAGUGGUGGAGGUUACAUAGUUGUGGAUCCUAUUUUACGAGUUGGUGAUAAUAAUCACAUGUUACCCUUGGACUGUGUUACUCUCCAGACAUUUUUAGCUAAGUGUUUAGGACCUUUUGAUGAAUGGGAAAGCAGACUUAGAGUUGCAAAAGAAUCAGGGUACAAUAUGAUUCACUUCACCCCACUGCAGACACUUGGACUAUCUAGGUCAUGCUACUCCCUUGCUGAUCAGUUAGAAUUAAAUCCUGACUUUUCAAGACCCAAUAGAAAGUAUACCUGGCAUGAUGUUGGACAACUAGUGGAAAAACUGAAGAAAGAAUGGAAUAUUCUUUGUAUUACAGAUGUUGUCUACAAUCAUACUGCUGCUAACAGUAAAUGGAUCCAGGAACAUCCAGAAUCUGCAUAUAAUCUUGUGAAUUCUCCACAUUUAAAGCCCGCCUGGGUUUUAGACAGAGCAUUCUGGCAUUUCUCCUGUGAGGUUGCAGAAGGGAAAUACAGAGAAAAGGGAAUCCCUGCUUUGAUUGAAAAUGAUCACCACAUGAAUUGCAUUCGAAAAGUAAUUUGGGAGGAUAUUUAUCCGAAGAUUAAGCUGUGGGAAUUUUUCCAAGUAGAUGAACACAGAGCAGUUGAGGAAUUUAGAAGACUUCUCACACAAGAAAAUAGGAGAAUAACCAAGUCUGAUCCAAAACAGCAUCUUAAGAUUAUUCAGGAUCCUGAAUACCGACGACUUGGCUGUACUGUAGAUAUGAACAUUGCACUAGCAACUUUCAUACCACAUAAUAGUGGGCCAGCCGCAAUUGAAGAGUGCUGUAAUUGGUUUCGUAAGAGAAUGGAGGAAUUAAAUUCAGAGAAGCAUCAGCUCAUACACUACCAUCAGGAACAGGCAGUCAAUUGCCUUUUGGGAAAUGUGUUUUAUGAACGAAUGGCUGACCACGGUCCUAAACUAGGUCCUGUCACUAGAAAACAUCCCUUAGUUACCAGGUAUUUUACUUUCCCAUUUGAAGAAAUGAGCUUAUCCACAGAAGAAUCUAUGAUUCACACCCCAAAUAAAGCUUGUUUUUUCAUGGCACAUAAUGGAUGGGUGAUGGGAGAUGAUCCUCUUCGAAACUUUGCUGAACCAGGGUCAGAUGUUUACUUAAGGAGAGAACUUAUAUGCUGGGGAGACAGUGUGAAAUUACGCUAUGGAAAUAAACCAGAGGACUGUCCUUACCUCUGGGCACACAUGAAAAAAUAUACUGAAAUAACUGCGACUUAUUUCCAGGGUGUACGUCUUGAUAACUGCCAUUCAACACCUAUUCAUGUAGCUGAGUACAUGUUGGAUGCUGCUAGGAAAUUACAACCCAAUUUAUAUGUAGUAGCUGAACUAUUCACAGGAAGUGAAGAUCUGGACAAUAUCUUUGUCACUAGACUGGGCAUUAGUUCCUUAAUAAGAGAGGCAAUGAGUGCAUAUAAUAGUCAUGAAGAGGGCAGAUUAGUUUACCGAUAUGGUGGAGAACCUGUUGGAUCCUUUGUUCAGCCCUGUUUGAGGCCUUUAAUGCCAGCCAUCGCCCAUGCCCUGUUUAUGGAUAUCACCCAUGAUAAUGAGUGUCCUAUUGUGCAUAGAUCAGCCUAUGAUGCUCUUCCAAGUACAACUAUUGUUUCCAUGGCAUCUUGUGCUAGUGGAAGUACACGAGGCUAUGAUGAAUUAGUGCCACAUCAGAUAUCAGUGGUUUCUGAAGAACGGUUUUACACUAAGUGGAAUCCUGGAGCGUUGCCAUCAAAUAUGGGGGAUGUUAAUUUCCAAAGUGGAAUUAUUGCAGCCAGGUGUGCUAUCAAUAAACUUCAUCAAGAGCUUGGAGCCAAGGGUUUUAUUCAGGUAUACGUAGAUCAAGUGGAUGAAGACAUAGUGGCAGUAACAAGACAUUCACCUAGUAUCCAUCAGUCUGUUGUGGCUGUAUCUAGAACUGCUUUCAGAAAUCCCAAAACUUCAUUUUACAGCAAGGAAGUACCUCAAAUGUGCAUCCCUGGCAAAAUUGAAGAAGUUGUUCUUGAAGCUAGAACCAUUGAGAGACAUACACAACCUUAUAGAAAGGAUGAGCAUUCAAUCAAUGGAAUGCCAAAUAUCACAGUAGAAAUUAGAGAACAUAUUCAGCUCAAUGAAAGUAAAAUUGUUAAACAAGCUGGAAUUGCCACAAAAGGGCCCAAUGAAUAUAUUCAAGAAAUAGAAUUUGAAAACUUGUCCCCAGGAAGUGUUAUUAUAUUCAGGGUUAGCCUUGAUCCACAUGCACAAGUUGCUGUUGGAAUUCUUCGGAACCACCUGACACAGUUCAGUCCUCACUUUAAAUCUGGGAGCCUUGCUGUUGACAACUCAGAUCCUAUUUUAAAAAUCCCAUUUGCUUCUAUCGCCUCUAAAUUGACUUUGGCUGAGCUAAAUCAAAUUCUUUACCGAUGUGAAUCAGAAGAACAGGAAGAUGGUGGAGGUUGUUAUAACAUACCAAACUGGUCAUCCCUUAAAUAUGCAGGCCUUCAAGGACUAAUGUCUGUAUUGGCAGAAAUAAGACCAAAGAAUGACUUGGGGCAUCCUUUCUGUGAUAAUUUGAGAUCUGGAGAUUGGAUGAUUGACUAUGUCAGUGGCCGACUUAUUUCACGAUCAGGAAUUAUUGCUGAAGUUGGCAAAUGGUUGCAGGCUAUGUUCUUCUACUUGAAGCAGAUUCCACGUUAUCUUAUCCCAUGUUAUUUUGAUGCUAUAUUAAUUGGUGUGUAUACCACUCUUCUGGAUAUAGCAUGGAAGCACAUGUCAAGCUUUGUUCAAAAUGGUUCAACAUUUGUAAAACACCUUUCAUUGGGUUCAGUCCAAAUGUGUGGAGUAGGAAAAUUCCCUUGUCUACCACUUCUUUCACCUUCACUUCUGGAUGUACCAUAUAGGGUAAAUGAGAUCACAAAAGAAAAGGAACAGUGCUGUGCUUCCCUGGCUGCAGGUUUACCUCAUUUUUCUGCUGGUCUUUUCCGCUGUUGGGGAAGGGAUACUUUUAUUGCACUUAGAGGACUUUUGCUGGUUACUGGACGCUUUUUAGAGGCCAGGAAUAUUAUUUUAGCAUUCGCUGGCACUCUGAGGCAUGGUCUCAUUCCUAAUCUCCUCGGUGAAGGGAUUUAUGCCAGGUACAAUUGCCGGGAUGCAGUGUGGUGGUGGCUGCAGUGUGUUCAGGAUUACUGUAAAAUUGCCCCAAACGGACUAGAUAUUCUCAAGUGCCCAGUUUCCCGGAUGUAUCCAACAGAUGAUUCUGCUCCUUUGCCUGCUGGUACACUGGAUCAACCAUUGUUUGAAGUGAUACAGGAAGCUAUGCAAAGACAUAUGCAGGGCAUACAGUUCCGAGAGAGAAACGCUGGUUCUCAGAUAGAUCGAAACAUGAAGGAUGAAGGUUUUAAUAUAACAGCAGGGAUUGAUGAAGAAACAGGAUUUGUUUAUGGCGGAAACCGCUUCAAUUGUGGCACGUGGAUGGAUAAAAUGGGAGAAAGUGAUAGAGCUAGAAACAGAGGAAUUCCAGCCACUCCAAGAGAUGGGUCUGCUGUGGAAAUUGUAGGCCUUUGUAAAUCUGCUGUUCGCUGGCUGCUGGAAUUAUCAAAAAAAAAAAUUUUCCCUUAUCAUGAAGUUAGAGUAAAAAGGCACGGGAAGGUUGUAGCAGUCUCAUAUGAUGAAUGGAACAGGAAAAUACAAGACAACUUUGAGAAGCUGUUUCAUGUUUCAGAAGACCAUUCAGAUCCAAAUGAGAAACAUCCGAAUCUAGUUCACAAACGGGGCAUAUACAAAGAUAGUUAUGGAGCUUCAAGCCCUUGGUGUGACUACCAGCUCAGGCCUAACUUUACCAUAGCAAUGGUUGUGGCCCCUGAGCUCUUUACUGCAGGAAAAGCAUGGAAAGCUUUGGAGAUUGCAGAAAAAAAAUUGCUGGGUCCCCUAGGCAUGAAAACCUUAGAUCCAGAUGAUAUGGUUUACUGUGGAAUUUAUGACAAUGCCUUAGACAAUGACAACUACAAUCUUGCUAGAGGUUUCAAUUAUCAUCAAGGACCCGAGUGGCUAUGGCCUGUUGGAUAUUUUCUUCGUGCAAAAUUACAUUUUUCCAAAUUGAUGGGUCCAGAGACUACUACAAAGACUGUGUUUUUGGUUAAAAAUGUUCUUUCCCGACAUUAUGUUCAUCUUGAGAGAUCCUAUUGGAAAGGUCUUCCAGAACUGACCAAUGAAAAUGGCCAGUACUGUCCUUUCAGCUGUGAGACACAAGCCUGGUCAAUUGCUACUGUUCUUGAAACACUUUAUGAUUUAUAGUGAUUAAUAAGUAUGCUACCCACCAUUCAUAUUAUGGAAUACAAGGUGAUAAUAUAAUGUAAAUGCCUCAAAUGCAUAAGCUGAAGUCAUUUCAAAAAUUGCAUUUAUAUAAUACUAAUGCCCAGUGUAAGUAAGACUGUAAAACAUUGAUUUUUUUUUUCUUUUCUGUUUUUUGUUAUGUUUGUUGCAGUGCUGAGGUUCAAACCCAGGACUAUCCAUGCUAGACGAGUGCUAUAACACUGAGCUAUAUUCCCAGCCCUCUCUUUCUUUUUUAAUAUUCAAAGAUAACUUAUACUUUGAAUCAGAAAGAAAAAUCAUCUAUCAUUACCAAUGGAAUUUUUUUCUUUUAAUAAGUGUUUUUCAAAUGUGUAGAAAUCCCAGAGUUACAAAAAGAAUAGUCUUCAACUUCUACAUGAGUGAAAAUAAAAUAGGAAAA